AUGGAGAAGGCAGUUGCGCGGAAGAAUGGGAGGGUCUGGAGCGAUAGCAGUCGCCUUCAACUUCUCGCCUAUCUCAAUUUGUGUGCCACGUACAGAGAGAACUUGCUCUCGACGGCUGAAGAUCACCUGAAGCGAGUGACAGGCAACGACUUCACGCAGACGCAAAUCCGUCGGAAACUUCGGUUCGAAUGGGAGAAGCAUGGGCUCUGUGACAACUUCGACGAUGUCUUUGCCCAGGGGACACCCAGCCUCGAGCUAUCCGACGAAGAGCAAAGCGAGAUUCAGGCCAUAUUCACCGGCCUCCUUCAUGGUCCACACGGGCUCCGAAGCAACACUCGGGAGACCCGGAAUCGGUCUCGGGCUGCUCUGAACACAGUCGGGACGUUCACAGCCAAGAGUCCGGCCAUCAGGCUCAAGCUGACCAACAAGAAUUCUCCAGCAAGUCUUAUCAGGCUGAAGAUGGCGCGCUCCCAUCUUCUGGAUUACAGUGUCAACGACGAAGGCAACGGGGACAGCGCUGUGAAUUUGAUCGAAGUGUCAGAGUCCGAUAGCGAACUUAGCGAACUGUCGUCCCCUUGUCCUAGCUUUCAAAGUGCUGCACAUAGCCCAAGCCCGACAUCAAGCCCCGGUCCAACCGAGCAACCUUCAGACAACAUAGGAGCUCUUCAAGAUGAGGUGUUGAAAUUGAAGGGCCAUAACUUGACCCUCCAGAACAGGGUAUCUGAGCUGGAAACGGACCAUGCAGAGAUGCGCCACCUCCGCGAGUCGACGAACGGUGACAUUGAAUAUUGCACUCGAAUGAUCUACAUCUUGGAGAAACGAAACAAGACCAUGUCUACACAUUCUGGCAACGUUGAAUACUCCAAGGCACGAAGACUUGGCCUGCCGGAGAGCACCAUCACGCAAGAAUAUAGGGAUCUCUACGUCUGCAUUCUAAAUGAAGCUCAGGCGUUCUACCAAGGCGACAACCCGCCAAAAAUUAGCAGCAAUAACCAGAAUACACAUCCGGCGAGAGGUUGGGCAAUCAAGGCCUCUGGCUGGGAUCUCUAUCCUCUCUUAUGUCAUUACGUGAGUGAGGAGAUCCCGAACUCAAGACUUGUUGCUGCUCUCGUUGCGGCCGGAACUUUCGACCUCGUUUUUGAACGCGCCUUUCCAGACGUGUUGGGCGUUGAGAGUCCUCUUAUGAAUGGGUAUAGGAGACACAUCUUGGCUAAAGGCAAGGGCGUGUCGCACGGAUCCGAGGCCCUCCACAUGGCCGAUCUCACCGCCCUGGAGUCUCUUACACAUAGGGAUACGGACGGCAAGGAUAGACUCAAGGAGCAGAUGAUUGAAGAAAAGGUCAAACAUCUUUCUGAGUUUAUGCUACAGAGCCUGAGCUUCUGCAUCACGGCAGAGAGCCAGGACACGACCCCAGACGGUGACGCGGUCAUGCAAGAGCCCCCCGAUCUCGAUAACCCGCUGAGAAAAGCUCUGAACCUCAAGUUUGCACUGACUACUUCAAUGACGCGUCUCAAAUUUUACUUCUUCUUGCCUGGGCACGAAUUUGACGAGACAAGAAUGGAAGAGGAUGAUAUGUCGAGUGAUGGCUUUGUUGUGAAGCUGUGCCUACUUCCAGCUCUCUUUUCUGUGCCGAGGGAUAGGCUUGACACGAGGAUUGAAGAAUCUCGAUGGGAAGUUGAGACUCAUUACGAUAGAUGUCUUACGGAGGCGACGGAGCAGGAGGUUGCAUCUCUCCACCUUGUUGCCAAGGCUGUUGUGCUUACCUGA